CAUUCAUGAAUGUCACAUUCAACAAACAAAAACAACUAUGGCUGCAUCGGUUGAUGAAACUCCAAUCGAUCGUAAAUUAGAUGAUAUUUUCGAGGAAGCCUACAACUUGUACAAUGGCUUCGACGACUGUGUCGAUCCAACCAAUAGUCCAGACUUCCAGCGAAAAAUCAAGCAAAGUAUUGGCUUAUUCGAGGAAGCGACAAAAUUGGUCAGUUUAACGGGACUGUUCAGUUCGAAUGAAGAGUAUGAGGAGAUCGCUACGGAUCAUUUGAAGUACCUGCUUUUGCCGUAUUUUCUAGGACAACUCACUCUAAAAAUAUGCUCAAGCGAUCGCAGAAACAUCGUAGAAGUGAGCGAAGUUUAUUUUAGGGAUUUUUUAAAACGUUGCAUCGAAUACGGAUUAACCGCAACCAACACAGAGACCGCAUUGGCACAAGUGGAACGUCAACCGAAUAGCGAAGUGGCGGCCCUCAUUGCAAUGUCCAAGCAACGGAACACAAAAAUCGAACAAUAUCGCAUCAAGAAGGAGCUCGACGAUCAAAUCAAACAAAUCAAAAUUGUCAUGGAGCGUGAACACAUCGACGAUGACUUGAAGCGCGAUUUCUACAUCAAAUUGAUCAAGUCCAGUAUUAUGAAUUCCGUCGAUGAAAUAUCCAGCGUCGAACAGGAAAAACAGAUCUUGGAUCACAUGAGUAAGCUGAGGCAUGAUGAUCCGGAUAGCGACCAGCCGAAACCAGUACGAAGACCGACACAGCCGCUGCGACCGAUUAUUAUCACAAAAGAUGCCGUUCAGAAGGCAGUCUAUGGAUUGGGUUAUCCCAGUAUGCCGACAAUGACCGUCGACGAAUUUUAUACGCAACGUGUGGCCGAUGGUGUUUUUCCAGAUCCAACGGUGGUAAGGGAUCCGAAUAGUCUGCAGCAGAGAGCGAUGAGGGGCGAAACUACUGAAUUGGAUGAACAGGAAGAGGUUAAGAAGGAACAAGACAUUGAGAAUGACGACGAGGAGUAUUUGGCAAGGCAGCGAGCUAUGGACGAAUUCAAAGACGAUGUGCGCAGAGGCGAUGGUAAUCGCUACAAUCGAUCUUAAGUGAAGUUUCAUUUUGUAUCUAAAGUUCUCAUCAUAAUAUAGUGUUUUGAAGAAGAAAAA